CGCGCCCCUUUGCCUGCAGGCAGGGUCCCUUGGAUUGAACCUCCCACCACUAAACCAGGAAUUACUCCGCCUUAGAAAAACGUAAUAAAACUGUAACAGGUGUCUUUAUAGUUUCUUAAGAUGUCUGCCAUUGGCGGUCUACAAACUGUUGAACACUCCGGAAUGCUCAAGCUGUAUUCUGCCUUGUUUUACGCCGGCUGCUCGUUCCUCAUCACGGUGGUGAAUAAAACCGUGCUGACGAGCUUCAGGUUUCCGUCCUACUUGUUUCUGGGAAUUGGCCAGAUGAUUGUCACUCUUGUUGUCCUUUAUGCUGCCAAAAUUAGAAAGAAAGUCCAGUUUCAAGAUUUUGACAGAAGUAUUCUCUUUAAAAUUUUCCCUCUUCCUUUGCUGUAUGUUGGGAACCAUAUAACAGGACUGGCAAGCACCAAAAAACUCAGUUUACCCAUGUUUACAGUAUUACGGAAGUUCACCAUAUUGAUGACGAUGACCUUGGAAGUAUAUUUACUAAAAAAAUCAUUCCCAAGACGCCUUGUAUUCAGCGUUGUAGCCAUAGUCUUCGGUGCCAUGGUUGCUGCAAGUUCUGACCUAGCCUUCGAAUUGGAGGGCUAUACUUUCAUCCUGCUCAACGAUGCCUUCACUGCAGCCAGUGGUGUGUACACCAAGAAGAAACUUGGCACCGAGGGCCUCGGGAAGCAUGGCGUCUUAUUCUACAAUGCACUUUUCAUCAUCAUCCCCACUCUUUUGGCAAGUGCGUUUACCGGAGAUUUACACAAGGCAGUCACAUUUAAGGACUGGGGCGACGACACGUUUGUUUUUUGUUUCCUCUUGUCUUGCUCCAUGGGGUUUGUGCUGAUGUAUUCCAUAGUCCUGUGCAGCUAUUAUAACUCUGCACUUACUACAACAGUAGUGGGAGCAAUAAAGAACGUUGCAGUUGCCUAUAUUGGCAUAUUUGUGGGUGGAGACUACCUGUUCUCUUGGACCAACUUCCUUGGCCUCAGCAUUUGUAUGUCAGGUGGACUAGUGUACUCGUAUUUCACCUUUAAUCAGAAAACACCUGUAAAUUAUGAAGGAGCACAAGAGCUGAAGAUUCGCAUCACAGAAGAUUCAACCCAGAAGGAAGCUAUAAUCUAAAAGGACAGUAUUUUACCAUUCGCCACCUGGUGGCAUUGCUUUACUCCAUAUUGGAGCAUCAUAUUUCAUUUGUCAUUUUUUUUUUCUCAUUUUAAUUUUCAUACCAAAUCAUGAAAGAAUAAAUUGAGGUCCACAUCCAAUCUGGGUCAGGUUUGGUGAACAUUUAUUUAAAAACCAACAAUUAUAUAACAGUGUGGACAGCCUGUCAGAGAAAUAUUACCUUAAAAUGUGUAAUAAAAUGUCUACCAAGCAAGCAGGAUCACUCUAUACAUGCUAAAAACAUGGAAACUGUUGGAGCAUGUUAGGGGAGGAAAAAAACGUUAACUAAAAAUCGACUUCAAAGCUCUUCGUAAAUUGUUCACACUCAACAUUCUAACAAAAAAAGGUGUAUAUAUUAAAUGCCAUAAUCUUCUCAAACCACAAAAUAGACUAAGGGUUAGAAAUGCUUCAAAAUAAACUAUAAUGGGGUACAAAUAAAUCAUUUGGUGUUUUGAUUAUCAACAAUUCACUUGCCUUCCAGUUUUACCGAAACUCCACAAAGGUCAUUUGUAAACCAAACAGAAUCAAACAUCACAGCUAGAGUGACAGCUUGCUGACAGGGCAGUUAUGAGAGGUUCAUACAGUGUUGAAGGAUGUAGUGUUGCUCAAAAAAGAAAGAAAAUUAUAACACCAAGCACUAUAAAAAUCAGUUUAUCAAAAACAAGUGCCAUCUUUUUGGACUCGUACGACAAGUCUAAUUUUCUGUGCAUUGCAAGCUUAAUCCAACACUUAAGUAGGGGUGUAAGUGCUAAGUAAAAAUUAA